AUGGAUCCGCUGAGUGCUACAACCAGCAUCAUCACUAUCCUCCAGCUCUCAGCCAAAGUCCUCUCCUACCUGAACGACGUCAAGGCCGCCUCCAAAGGCCGUGCGCAGUGCGCGAUCGAAACGAGCAAUCUGCACAACCUCCUGACGAACCUGAGAUUUCGACUGGAAGAGCGACAUGGCCAUCAGCCAUGGUUCAGCGCAGUGCAAGCCCUUGCAAUCGAGAACGGGCCGCUCGACCAGUUCAAGCAAGCGCUAGAAACUCUACAGGCAAAGAUGACAGACGGAGGUCGGCUGAAGAAAGCCAAGGAGGCAUUAGUAUGGAAGUUCAACAAAGAAGAGGUCGACGCCAUUUUGGCUCGCAUGGAACGAUUGAAGACGCUAGUGGAGAUCGGUGGUGGCAUAAUAUCCCUGUAG